AUGAAUAAUCCCAACCCCAAUACCCACAGAAAUCUUAACCACCACAACAGUAUCAAUACUGACUCCCAGCUGCAAAGAAGUAACAACACCUACUCCUACGUCUCAGAUUUCUCAAACAAUUCCUCAAACUCAAAGACUAAUCUCUUUCUAGCUGAUGCCGAUUCCUCUCCAUUUGGUGGCUAUCCUGCUUCUGCCUUUCCUCUACAUAUGGACGAAAUCGAAGACGAUGACUACCUUCACAACCCCGACCCAAUCAACGACGCUGAAUAUGACAACCACAGGCUCUUGUACGACUUAAAAGCAAUGGACAAGAAAUCUGGCCUAGGCUUGUUCAGCUUCAUCCUCCUUCUACUCGCACUAUUGGUCUUGUUCGUGGUCUACCCCAUAUUGACCUACUCUGGUGCCACUGAAUACGUAAAACCCCAGACCUUUGAAUACCUAUCUUCCUACCAAUACCCAACCCUAAAUGCCAUCAGAUCUGACUUGGUUGAUCCAGAUACCCCAUCUUCUGCCUACACAAGAACUGCAAGAGAUGGCUCCGAAUGGAACUUGGUCUUUUCCGACGAAUUCAACAAAGAAGGCAGAACCUUUUAUGAAGGCGACGACCAGUUCUGGAAUGGCCCCGAUAUCCAUUACGCUGCAACAAACGACUUGGAAUGGUACGAUCCUGAUGCUUCAACAACCGCCAAUGGCACCCUCAUCUUUAGAAUGGACGCCUUCAAAAACCACAACUUGUACUACAGAUCUGGAAUGGUCCAAAGUUGGAACCAACUAUGCUUCACACAGGGUGCCAUGGAAGUCAGUGCAAUGUUGCCCAACUUUGGUAAUGUCACUGGUCUAUGGCCUGGUAUCUGGUCCAUGGGUAACAUCGCCAGACCCGGCUUCUUGGGCUCAACAGAAGGUGUCUGGCCCUACUCCUACGAAGACUGCGAUGCUGGUAUCACCCCCAACCAAUCUUCUCCCGAUGGCAUCAGCUAUCUACCUGGCCAGAAAUUAAACUCCUGCACCUGUCUGGGUGAAGACCAUCCAAAUCCAGGCAAUGGUAGAGGUGCUCCUGAAAUUGAUGCCCUAGAAGCUGCCAUUGAUACAACGGUGGGAACUGGUGUGGCUUCUCAAUCAAUGCAAAUCGCUCCUUAUGAUAUAUGGUAUAUCCCAAAUUAUGACUAUGUCGAAAUCUACAACGACACUGUUACCUCCAUGAACACCUAUUGUGGUGGUCCUUUUCAACAAGCUGUCUCUGGAACAAGCACAUUGAACGUAACUUGGUAUCAAUUUGGUGACUACCAGCCCCACUAUCAAAAGUAUGGCUUUGAAUAUCUCCAUGAUAACGAUGACGGUUACGUCCAAUGGUUUAUUGGUGAUGAUCCCACCCUAACUGUUCAUGCAAAGGCUUUACCUCCCAAUGGUAACGUCGGCUGGAGAAGAAUAGCUAAAGAACCUCUAUCAAUGAUCUUAAAUCUAGGUAUUUCAAAUAAUUGGGCCUAUAUUGACUGGCAGUCUAUUAAAUUCCCAGUCGAAAUGAAAAUUGACUAUGUCAGAAUAUACCAACCAAACGAUAGUAUUAGUGUAACUUGUGAUCCAACAGAUUACCCAACUUAUGAUUAUAUUCAAGACCAUCUUCGUGCUUAUAAAAAUCCAAACUACACUACAUGGGAAGAAGCUGGUUAUACAUUUCCUAAGCAUAGACUAACAGGAGAUUGUGAAUAA